AUGUACUCUCCGCAAGCCGCUCGCACUGGGCGCGACGACUACGCUCUGAACGGCAGCUUCCCAGAUAUGAUGAAGGGCCGCCCUGAUACUCUUACUGGACGGAACAACGAAUCGUCGCGGACCCCUCGGGCGCGCAAGCCGGCGACGGCUGCCGCUUCAGCUCAGCCUGCCGCCCAGGGGGUUGGGCGGAAUGCGAGGAACGGGAACGGGAAUGGGCAGAAGACAGCGGCAGACUUGGAUCGGGAUGCGCGUGCCGGCUUUGAGGCAAUGCGCGAUCUGCUCAAGAAUCAGCCUCCUUGGUCGAGGGAUGUCGAGCUGUAUCGUCAAAAAACUCGCAACCUGCAUCAGACCCUCCUCUUCAACCAUCCCCUUCACCCCCUCGCGCAAAGCCUUGACCCCAUGUGGAUCCGGACCACCUACUCCCUCAUCGUUUCCUUCCGAGACCACGUCGCGCGCGGCGAAGGUGCCCUCUCCGCCUCUACCGGUAGCGGCAACAGACGCGCCCAGCAAAACUCGCCAGCGGAACAAGAGCUACGCAAGGUGCUUACGCGCUUCAGGCAGGCGCUGGCGAGUGAGGAAGGAUUCUAUCGGCAGCUUGUCGUCAGGCUCGUCCGUUUCUUUGGGAUGGAGGAGAUGUGCCAGAGUGCACUGGCCGGCGUCGGGUUAUCAUUGUCCGGUGGAAAGAUGGAGGAUGGGGAGGGAGGGAAUGGGAAGUCCUCGCCCGAUCUCAGCCAGGAGGAGAAGAAGGACAAGAUCGCAUUGGUGUACAAGGCGCUGGUGUGCCUAGGGGAUAUCGAGCGGUACAAGGAACAAUACUCGGAUGGGUAUCGGCGGAUUAAGGCCGGCGGGUCGAGGCAGAGGAAGGGCGACGAGGUGGAGGAACAAUUUGGGAGAGCGAAGGCGUAUUAUGAUGUUGCGAGAGCGUUGACUCCGGAGGAUGGAUCGGCGUUUAACCAACUGGCGGUCAUCUCGACGUAUCUCAAUGACGACUUCAGCACGAUCUAUAACUAUGUUCGCGCGCUUGCCAUCAAGGUGCCGUUCAAAGGGAUCUCGGACAUCCUGGACAGGUACCUCAAGAAGGCGUUCGAGAGGUGGCUGGAGCGGAAGCAGGAGACGGAGGCUGCUGUUCCCACGGUCGGGUUGGAGGAGUUCACGAGGGAGGUGGGCGUUGUCGUAGCGGUGACAUUUAGGCAGAACGGCUUCUCGCAAUACGGCGCACUCAAGUCAUCGAUCAUCCCAGGCCUCUCGACUCUCUUGUGCUCCAGAUCACUUCCGUCUGAGACCAUUGUCCGCCUCACGGUCGUCACUAUCGGUCUGCACUGGCACACACGCUCUCUCGCCUCGGUCAUACCUGGCCCAAACGAUCACACGACCACGUCCCCUUCCCGCACCCAACAAGCGGAAGACACGGCGCUCGACUUCCUCCUCUGCACCUUCAUCGUCCUGCUCACCAUCUCCGCCUCGGAGAUCGAGGAAGUCAUGAAGGCGCCAGGAUGGUCGAACCCCGCCGAUUCCGCGAUCGCAGAGGAUGACGAAGAUGAGAGCGGCUCGCCACUCCACGCUUCUAUAUCGGCCGCCCUCCGCCGGAUUCUUCCCUCUUUGCGCAUCAUCUCUAAAUGGGCCAAACUCCACCUCGACUACCUGUCCCGAAUCCCGCCUUCCGGCUCGCCUACGCCGACAUCACUCGACGUGUCCGUCCCUACUUUCUGGAGCGCGUACUAUCGGCUCAUCGAGGAUCUGGCGAGGGUGUUUCCGCUGGGCAUGUUGCCUUCCCUGGAAGCAGGACUGGAGGAGGAUGAAGAUAUGCGUGGGUUCUUGCCUAUCGCGAGGGGACUGUUGAGGAGCAAGCCGAGCGGACUGGCCGCGGAUGGGGAGGUGCAUCCGAACGAAGAGCAGUUGAUGCGGAUUGCCGAUCUCCAGGUGGACGCGACGUUGAUUCUUCAGGCUCAGACGUCGGGGUAUACCCAGAUACCUGAGCCCGAGGCGGAAAUGGUGUACUCGAACUACGUCGAUACGGAUCUCAAAGGCGAUGAGGACUAUGCGUCAGUCAGCACCGAAACAGAGGACGACCCGGUCAAUAUGGCGAUGCGGGCUUCGUUGGGCAGCUCGAGCACGCCAGGAUUCGAUGAUGGGGAUGGAGACGACCAGAUGGGGGAGUGGGAUCAAGGCUACCCAGCUGGGAACGUGCAAGCUCAAACUAACCCCCAAGCCCAUGCCGGCAACCCGACUCCGACCGCGCACGAUCUCCUCCAGAAUCUGGUCCUGGACAACCCCACAGCCACCCCCAAUCCCCCUUACGCCAAUCCGUACGCCCAACAACCCUCUUCGGCCAAGCGCAACUCUGCCUCUUUCGCCCGCGGUGCCCUCCCCUCGCCCCGCUCCGCCCCUCUCCCUCCGUCCGGUUCCGGCUCGCCCGGACUUCUGUUCGGCGGCGAAGGGAUCUGGAGUAUGACGCGCGAAGAAUCCAAUUCGCAGAAAGGGCUCAAGCGGGAUGGGAUGCCAACGUCGGGAGAUUCGGGACUGAGCAGACCUCAGUCGGAGAGGCCGAAAGCCCGGAUCGGGGCUGAAGGUGUCAAGGCGAUCUGGGACACUCAGGCGCCAGGGCCCUCGGCUUCGGUUGCGGCUUCGCCUUUCGGCGUUUCGGACAGGCGGGUCUCGGCUGGUCAAGCUGGACCUCAAGCCCAGGCGCCAGCACCGAUGGACGCGGCGCAGCUCUUUGCUGGUAUUUCUGGCUUUGGGCCGCCGGGCGGUGGUGCUGGAUUCGGAGCGGGUAUGGGGAUGGGGUCUACCUGGGAUGUAGGCGCGGGAGGGAAGCAAGUCGAUGGGCAGACAUGGGCGGCCGGCCAAGGGAGCGGACUCGGCCAGAGUCAAGGCCAAGCACAGGGCCAGGGCGGGUCGGGCUUGUGGGGAGGUUCGGGGCUGGGGCAGCAGGGACAAGGCGGAUACGGCGGGUAUCCGACCUGGGGUUAG